UAUAUAUCAUUUCCUCUACAGAUGACGAGAUCCAAAGGCGACGCCGAGUGUAAUGAUCUGUGUUAAUUUCGGUGGCUGUUUAUUAAUACUUAUCUCCGACUAGGACAAUGUAAUGGAAACAUUACCAUAUAUGAAUCAUUGAUGGCUGGUUGGACUUGCAUCAAGUGUACGAUUUUAGUUGCAUUGAUUUCGUCAGUCAAAGCCGAAGAAUGUGCAGUAAAAGUAGAGCAGAUUGUCAGAAGGGAAGAGCCAUUUUUCAAUAGAACAAACUAUCGUGAAAGAUGUAAACUUCCAAUUGAUGGUUUCACAGAGAAAAGAGCACAGUGUAACGGCUACUUUCUUCACCCAAAAUGUAUAUGUUCUUUUUACAUGUACGAAUUAGGAAUAAAGGAUGUGUGUGAUCUUUCCGAUCCCAAGAAGAAUGGUAGCUUGGACCAUGUGACAGUGGAUUUCUGUAGAGAAUAUAGCUUCACAAAGAACGGACCAUGUCAGAACAAUGGCACAUUAAUUCCCUCCUCAGAUUUGGCCUCCUUGGAUGCAAAAUGUGAAUGUAAGGAAAACUAUAAAGGAGAAUUUUGCGACGAGUAUUACGGGAAAAUUAAGUGUCGAGAUACCAACCCCGGCGUGAAGUCGCCCCCAGGCUGUGAUGAAAAGGGAUUCAAUGGCCGAUAUUGUGUCCUUAAAAUUCAGGGAGUCAGCUUUUGGUGUGAUUCGGAGUCCCCUGUUUCAGAUAAUAUGGAGGACUGUUCUGUACAGAGACACCAAGCAACUAAUGAAAAAAUGCACGGCAGCUCAGGAACAACUAGUAUGAAAGCUGCAACAUUCCUUGUUUUUGUCACACUACUUCAAAUGUUAUGA